AUGAAGCAUUCUGAUGUAGCAAUGGUGGCUAUUGAGGUCGUUAUUGUUGAUUUUGUUGUUGCAGUGGUCAUUUUUACUGCUACGGUGGUUUACUUUUGUACAGCAAUAAUGGACAUUGAGACUUUCAGUGUCCCUUGCUCAGAACGAAAAAUUCAAGGGGAGAUACAUGCUUACGAUCAGCAUUUGAAUAUGAUUCUUGGAGAUGUGGAAGAGAUCAUAACUACUGUGGAAAUUGACAAUGAGACUUAUGAAGAAAUAGUUCAGACCACCAAGCGAAUUGUGCCAUUUCUUUUUGUUCAAGGUGAUAGAGUUAUUUUAGUUUCUCCACCUUUGAGGAUAGCAUGA